AUCCAUUCACCGUCAUUUCAGUACCAAGAAUUCAGAAUGAGAAAGAUAGCAUACGCGGUUUCGUUUGUUAGCUUGGCGAUUGCUUUGAUUCUGAGCGCUAUUUCGGCAGCUCGUGUGGACUGGCUCGUCGUUAAGACCAUAUCCAAACCGCUAUACACCACUAUCACCGACUCAUACGGUCUCCACCGCACUUGCGAAUUGACCAUCACCCAAGUGCCAGGUCCAGGGGAAGGUGACGGCAAGAUUACCUACCGCAACAACGAAUGCCGUCCCUUCCCCAACAAGGUCAAAGAUGACUGUGAUGGCAAAAAUCAAGGAUUCUGCGCGGUCUGGACAGGAGCGGCCUACGUUGACUAUGUCAGCGUUGGGUUCGGGGCGCUCGCGCUGCUGUCCAUUUUGUUUGGUAUGAGCACGAGAUCCAGGAGAAUGAGGGUGUGGAGGGCGUUGGCUGGGCUGGCGAUGAUGCAGACACUGUCCCAGGUUAUUACGUUCGCUAUGAUUACCGAUACUCAUCGCAGGCAUCGUUACCCUGGAUUCGAACACGCUAGACCAGGAAUGGGAUAUGUGCUCUGCAUAUUGUCCUGGGUGUUGAGCUUCUUGGUGACGGCUGGAGUCGUGGUCACUGGACUAGCGGCAGAUAAAGGACACCGCUGGGCUGUCGGUAACAGGAGAUACGAGCCCAUCAGAGAUUACGAUUAAGUUACAGGUUGCCUCUCCGUCUAUCUAUUUCUUGCACAGGUCACACCCUCUUUCACUCCCUACUAUGUGAAAUAUUCGAUAAAAACAGAAUUGACACUCCUUUUUAUUUUCGAGC